GUUAGAAACUGUAGGUUGCAGACACUUCUUCGUGAAUUCAACGUUGUGAAAGUUAUUAUUCACAUGACCAGCGGGAUAAAAUAAACUAUUCGUGAUAUUCUCAUAAUGAUGAGACGUAAAAGUGUUUCGUCCAAUCAAAUUAUUUUGCGCACAGUCCACGCGAGGAUUAUCUUUCUUUCGUUUUUCAUUUCCCGGAAGGGUUGGAUUAGUAGAGCGGUGUUCUCGGAAAACAUAUUAGAAGAGAGUCUGUGCGCCUGUUUAUUUCUUUAUUUGGGGACAGCCGCAAACGGACAUGUUCAUCCGGAAUAUCAUGUCCACGUCACUGUUGGCGAAGGAAGGGCGUCAAAAAACAUGUUCCCCCACUUUAAUGCAUGAAACGCAAAUCAAUGGGCAUCACAUGCAACCAGACAAGAUUUUAAACGUCAGCCCUCCCUCACAGGAUGACCUGUGGCAUCUUCCCGGACAGCUCCGAAUAAAUCCAUCUUUGUGGGAUAGGGACGAUGUCGCCCUCUGGCUUCACUGGGCUCACAAGGAAUACUCACUACGGCGACCUGAGAAGGGACGUUUUGAGAUGAAUGGCCGAGCCCUGUGUCUGCUCACUAAGGAGGACUUCAGACACCGCUGCCCCAGUUCAGGCGAUGUUCUGUAUGAGAUCCUGCAAUGUGUGAUCAAUCAACGGAGGAGUGUUGUACGUGAACCCCCAAAAAGGUCUCAUAACCAAAGUACAGACAGGCCUCUAAUGUCUGUCCCAGAAACUGAAAAGCCCCUGUCUCCCUUCUCAGACAACAUGCAAGAUGAAACUGAAACACCCACAGAGGAACCUCUCAAUCUGACUUGCCAAGAGAAGCAUCGAAGGCAGGUGCUCAGACCUGACGGUCGCUUGCCAGCAGAGUGCAGGCUACUGUGGGAUUAUGUCUACAAGCUGCUGUGUGAUGACCAAUAUGAAGAAUACAUUCGAUGGGAAGACCGUGGCAGCCUAAUUUUCCGUGUGGUGGAUCCCAACGGCCUUGCUCGUCUGUGGGGACACCACAAGAACCGAAAAAAUAUGACUUACGAAAAAAUGUCUCGUGCUCUAAGGCACUACUACAAACUCAACAUCAUCAAGAAGGAGCGAGGACAAAAACUCCUCUUCAGGUUCCUGAAAACACCACAAGAUAUCCAGAAAGAGCUGGAUGACCCCUUUGUGUCUCCAGCACACUCCCCCCUCGAGGACAGGAACUUUCCAGGCAGCAGCCCUUCAUCUGAAUUGAGUGAGGAACAUUUUGAGGUUUCCCCCGAUCGUACCUCUCCAGAUUGCUCUCCAACUGCCCCUCCGGUGAGAUAAAAGAAGUUCUGUGUCAUGCCAGCCAUAUGAAGCCCAAGUAAACUUCGCGUUACUUUUUGACUCAAUACAGCCAUACCUCGGUUUUCGACCACAAUCCGUUCCAGAAGGCUGUUCGAAAACCGUUUUGUUCAAAAACUGAAACCGAGCUCUUUUAAAAUAAAAUUUAAAAAAUAUUGAAUUUGUCUGUUCACAAUGGAACGCUACACGAGGAAGCGUCACUUCUUCGUCUACCUGAGGAACUUCAUUUCACUUCCUCAUGUAAGGAAGGCGAGAGGAGUCAAGUGGUGCAUUCAAGUGCGCUGAGUUUAUUCGAGAACCAAAUUUCGAUCGUCAUCCUCGGCAUAAAAAAAAAAACCUCAACAUUUUUGGUUGAAAACCGAUUUGGUCGAGAAUAGAAACUCAACUCAACUGUAUUUCUAGAGCACUUUCAAACUGCCAUCGCUGCAUACAAAGUGCUGUAUAUGGAGCAAUUUAACAUAUAUAAUAAAAAAUAAAACAAACCGGUAAUAAAGACGGUAGAAAGCACCAAACAGUAAAACCAAGAACAAAUCUAAGUCAUGCUGAGUCGAAUGCCAAAGAAUACAAGUGAGUUUUGAGGAGGAGACGUUCGAAAACCGAGGUUUGACUGUACUUUAUUUCACUUUAAUUCCCCCCAUGGAAUCAUUACUUUUGCUUUAAUUAUGCCAAAAACUAUUAAUGAGAAAAAAGAAUUAGCCGACAUGCUGUUGAUAUCAUGUGUUCAAAUUCUCCUGCAAGAAACUGUAAUGCGUUGUGUUUAGAAUAAUUUGUUUGAGAAAUAUAUGGAAUGUUUUUUGUGCAGGACAACUGUUGUCCAUCAAGAAUACAAAUUGUGAUUAUGAAGUGCAUUUCUUGUUUUGUUUUUAAAUAAAUAAUAAUUUGAGCAGUGUGUAUACAUUUUUAUUUUGGAAUAUUUCUCAAGUCUAUCAUAAUAGCCGAGUCAUUCUGAUAUCAUUUUUUUUAUUGAGUUGAGCUACUCCGAUUGGCAGCUUGGGAUAAUUUCAAAGGAAUACAUAAUGUAUCUAAUCUAUGUGCAAGCACAUUGCAGAAACCGCAAUUGAAUUAAGGUUGCACAUGAGUUGUGUUUUCGUUGACAGUUGUUUUUGGUUUUGUUUCAUGCUAUGUCUUGUGUUCUUGUAGUUGGUGUCUUGUUGUGACACCUUUAGGGCUUUCUUUUUUUUGUUUGUUUCCACCCGUGCUCGUCAACCCGGUCCCUUGUGUCUUCUAAUCACCUCCCACUCAUGUCUUGUCCAGGUGUUCCUCAUUGUCUCGUGAGGUUGUUUGCAUUUAGUUCCCUGCCCGCAUGCAGUCUUUGUUGGAUCUUUUGCAUGUCUAUAUGCUGCCUCUCAGUUGUGACCCAUGUCAUGGUGAGUUCUGUCUCGGUGUGGUGGGAGGAGGGGGCGCGAGCUUUCAUUAAAUUACUUUCUUGGUGAUUCCACAGGGCCUUGUUUUAUGUUAUUGUAAUUAAAUUCUUAUUUGUGAGCACAA